CCCCCACAAACCCCCCAUCUUUAUCAAAAGCACAAAAAAAGAGAGAAGAAAAUAACAGAGAGAGAAGGUUUUGCACUGAAUCUUGAGGCGAAACGAAACAUAACAUACUCGUCAUUCUUCGUCCUCUUCUAUCAACAACUGGUCUAUCAUGGCGGAUCUCUUUGGAACCGCUUCUCCUUCAGAUCCCGAGCCCCAAGAAUUCUCCUCUUUCCUCCAGCAACUCCUCCACAAUUCCUCUUCAUCGUCAACUUCAUCUUCUUCUGCCUUGCCUCUCAAGCCUAAAAUGGUGCACUCAUUAUCUGCUCCACGGCAGCUGUCGGUGCUACCCGAGGUCGGGAAUUUCGUGGAUCGUCUUCGGUUUGGGGUUGCGGCCAACCUGUCGGAGUCAGACGGUGUAAAUAAUUUCUUUGGAGCCCUGCCUGUUGGAGUCGUGGAUUCUGAUGCAAACGCCACCUCGAAGAGGAGAGCGGUGUCGAUGGAGAAUAGUGUUGGCUAUUUAAGUUGCGACAGCGAGAACGGCCCUGAUGCGACAGAGGGGCCAUCCAAGCCUCGGAAUUCGUCGAAGAGGAGCAGAGCUGCAGAGGUUCAUAAUUUAUCUGAAAAGAGGAGGAGAAGUAGAAUAAAUGAGAAAAUGAGAGCUCUUCAGAACCUAAUCCCAAACUCUAACAAGACGGAUAAGGCUUCUAUGCUGGAUGAGGCAAUUGAAUAUCUGAAGCAGCUUCAGCUACAAGUGCAGAUGCUAUCAAUGAGAAAUGGACUGAGCUUGCACCCUUUGUGCUUGCCUGGAGUAUUACAGCAUGUGCAAGGGUCUACAAUGGGAAUGGGCUUUGAUGAAGGAAUUGGAUUGUUUAAUGCCAAUGUAUCAGCUGGCACAUUUUCCACAAAUGAAAGCUUAAUGCAAACAGCCCUUGGCCUUCCCAGCCAAUGCACAAAUGCACAUCCCUCUACUCUUAUAUCGUCAGUGACAAAUAUCUCCCCUUCUGAAACAGUUUUUGAGUCCACAAUGCAUGCACAGUAUGUUCCCGUCAAUCUCUCCAUGUCUUCCGAGGAAUCCUGCAGGGAAGGCUUCCAAGUGCAGAUGGAUUCGGAUCACAAUGGGAAGAACUCUUCAUCUGGUGUAUUGUAGUUGAGCCUGUAUUUCGCGUAUAGGAUGUUUGAAAUUUCAGCCACCAUAGCCAAUAGUUUUUUCAUUCAUUCUUUUUCCUUCCAACACAACAGCUAAUACAAAAAAGAAACAAAAAAACUGCUGUAAUUUCACUCGUAUAUUUAUGAUGUAAAUUGUGAAAGGAUAUCAUAAUUUUGGGAAGCAGAUCGUUGACUCCCAUUGACCUCUGAUAGAAAUGUCGAAGUUCUGGUUUUAACA